AUGGGCUCCAAACCAAGCAGCACUGCAGCGGCACAUAAUACAACCAAGCGUAAACGCUCGAAUACCCAAGCAUCUCAUCAUAGCACUCAUAUGGAGAAUAUAAAGACAGUUCAAGAGCCAACGCGUACCAGCAACACAAGGACGAUUCCAGUGCCUGCUCAAGUCAUCAUCCCAAAGUUCAAUGCACAACAAUGUGAGCAGUUAUUUCAGCGGUAUGCUGAUCAGGAUUCCCCAGAUAUGAUUACGCCAGAUGGUACAAGGCAGUUUUUUGAGGACUUGGGGUUAUCCAUUGAGGAUGUUUUGAUAUUUGCAAUUGCAUGGAAGAUGCAUACAUCUACAAUGGGCUAUAUUACCAAAGAUGAGUGGAUGUUUGGAAUGAAGGAAUUAGAAACCGACACGAUAGAGAAGCUGAAAGCAAAGAGAUCCGAUUUUGAGAAAGUGUUCCAUGAUCCUGAACAGUUCAAAGAGAUGUACAAAUAUACGUUUACCUAUGCAAAGAAUAGGGAUCAGAAAUGCAUUGAGAUUGAGACCGCAUCUGUACUUUGGACAAUGUUACUAAGUGAGAGAUAUCCAAUUGUAAACGAUUUUGUAUCAUUUUUGCAGGAAAAGAAACCUGUUAAAGUGAUAAACAGAGACCAAUGGCAGAGCUUUUUGGAGUUUGUGUCUAUAGAUAUUGCUGAUUACGACGAAUCUUCUGCUUGGCCAGUUUUGUUUGAUGAAUUUGUUGAAUGGAGGAAAGAGCAAUCUUGA